AUGUUGCUUACAUUCGCUCCUAUCUUCCUCCUCAUAUCGUCUAUAGUGGCUGCGCCAACGCUUCAGCUUCAAAGGAAAGGUUUAGAAUGGGAUUACCAAAAUGAUAAAAUCAGAGGGGUUAAUUUGGGUGGUUGGUUUGUCCUCGAGCCUUAUAUCACACCUUCCCUCUUCUCUGUAUGGUCAAAUGGAGAAGAUGAUCUGAACACUCCAGUAGAUGAAUAUCACUACACUCAAAAAUUGGGUAAGGAAACUGCUCUUAGUCGUCUUGAAGCCCAUUGGUCUUCAUGGUACACUGAAGCCGAUUUCUCACAAAUGAAAUACUUGGGAAUAAACGCAGUGAGAAUUCCAAUUGGUUACUGGGCUUUCCAGUUAUUGGAUAACGAUCCAUAUGUGCAAGGUCAAGUUAAAUAUUUGGACCAAGCUUUGGAAUGGUGUAGAAAUAACGGACUUUACGCUUGGGUUGACUUGCAUGGUGCUCCAGGGUCUCAAAAUGGGUUUGAUAACUCCGGUUUAAGAGACUCUUACAAGUUCCAAGAUGGUGACAACGUUAAAGUCACUUUGCAAGUUCUCCAGACUAUUGGUGCCAAAUAUGGUGGUUCUGACUACGAAGAUGUUGUCAUUGGUAUUGAAUUAUUGAAUGAACCAUUGGGUCCAAUUUUAGAUAUGGAUGCCUUGAGACAAUUCUACCAAGAUGGAUACUCUGAAAUUAGAAACAACGAUGGUCUGGAAUCAUAUAAUGCUAUUAUCAUCCAUGAUGCAUUCGAGCAAACUGACCACUACUGGGACAACUUCAUGCAAGUUUCAGGUGGAUACUGGAACGUUGUCGUAGAUCAUCAUCACUACCAAGUUUUCGACCAAGCAGACUUAGAGUUGCUGAUCGAAGACCAUGUCAAGACCGCCUGUGACUGGGGUACUACUCACAAGGACGAAGCCCACUGGAAUGUCGUCGGAGAAUGGUCAUCUGCCUUAACUGAUUGUGCCAAAUGGCUUAACGGGGUUGGUAAUGGAGCUAGAUGGUCUGGUAACUAUGAUAACUGUCCAUAUAUUGACAGUUGUCUGUCUUACACUGACUUGAGCGGAUGGACUGAUGAUUACAAAACGAACGUUAGAAAGUACACCGAGGCUCAAAUGGAUGCCUGGGAACAAGUUGGAGGUUGGUUCUUCUGGUGUUGGAAGACUGAAAGUGCACCUGAAUGGGAUUUCCAAGCAUUGACCAAUGCUGGUUUAAUCCCACAACCAUUGGAUGACAGACAGUAUCCAAAUCAAUGUGGGUACUAA